AUGGCCAAUGUUAUCCUCACAGAGAAGAUCGGUCUGGGAUGGGCAGCAUUCCACUGGCAGUCAAACGUAAAUGUACAACAUGUCGGUGUGGACGACAUGGUACUGCUCAGCAAGCUUUCAGAACAAUCUAUUGCUGAUAAUCUGAAGAAAAGACUUCAUGGAAAUAGUAUUUUUACUUAUAUUGGUCCUGUACUUAUUUCGGUGAACCCCUUCAAACAAAUGCCAUAUUUCACUGAAAAGGAAAUGGAUCAGUAUCAAGGAGCUGCACAGUAUGAAAAUCCACCACAUAUCUAUGCUUUAGCCGAUAACAUGUACAGGAAUAUGCUGAUAGAUAACGAGUCUCAAUGUGUGAUAAUUAGUGGUGAAAGUGGUGCUGGAAAAACAGUUGCUGCCAAAUAUAUUAUGAGUUACAUCGCCCGGAUAUCAGGUGGUGGACCAAGAGUUCAGCAUGUCAAAGAUGUGAUCCUGCAAUCAAACCCUCUUUUGGAAGCGUUUGGAAAUAGCGCUACGAUCCGAAAUUGGAAUUCUUCACGUUUCGGCAAGUACGUUCAGAUAGUUUUUGGCCGAGGAGGAGAACCAAUUGGUGGCAAGGUUACGAACUUUCUUCUUGAAAAAUCACGUGUGGUUCGACAAAAUCGUGGUGAUCGGAAUUUCCACAUUUUCUAUCAACUCUGCGCUGGUGCAGACAAAAACAUCAGAUCAACACUUGGCAUCGGAGAUCUCGAUUACUUCAACUACCUUAAUCACAGCGGCCAUGCGAUGAAAGUUGUGGGCAUAAGCGAAGAGGUACAGUUGGAAAUUCUUAAAAUUGUGUCAGCCAUACUGCACAUUGGAAACAUCACAUUUGUGGAGGAAAGGAACUUUGCCGCGAUUGAAGCCCCAGACUUCUUACAAUUUCCUGCAUUUCUUCUUGGUCUUUCAACAGAAGCCAUCCAACAAAAGCUCACUGCCCGAAUGAUGGAAAGCAAAUGGGGAACGAAAACGGAACGAAUAGAUGUCACAUUAAAUGUGGAACAAGCAAAUUACACUCGCGAUGCAUGGGUGAAAGCUCUUCAUUCGCGACUGUUCGACUACCUAGUGGCCGCUGUUAAUGACGCUAUAGAAGUUGCCGACGGUCAAGAUACGGGUCUUUCAAUUGGAAUUCUAGACAUCUAUGGGUUCGAAAUUUUUGAAAACAAUGGAUUCGAGCAAUUCUGUAUCAACUUUGUCAACGAGAAACUGCAGCAGAUUUUCAUUGAGCUUACUUUGAAAGCCGAACAAGAGGAAUACGUACGGGAACAGAUUCGUUGGCAAGAAAUUGACUACUUCAAUAACAAAGUUGUCUGCGAUCUUAUUGAAGCAAAACGACCACCUGGGAUCAUGUGCAUACUGGAUGACGUCUGCGCCCAGAAUCACGGACAAUCUGAAGGUGUCGAUGCACAAUUGCUGAGUAGUCUCAACAAAACUUUCAUUCAACAUCCCCACUAUCAAAGCGGAGCUGAAUGCUUUUUGGUAAAGCACUACGCUGGUGAUGUUGUCUACAGCGUUGACGGGUUUUGUGAACGCAACAGAGAUGUUCUCUAUCCGGAUCUCAUCCUUCUAAUGCAGCAAAGUUCAAAUGCAUUCCUCCGCUCCCUCUUCCCUGAAAAUGUGAAUGCCACCGCAGGAAAACGGCCGACUACAGCAUCAACAAAGAUCAGGAAUCAAGCCAACGCUUUGGUCGAGUCUCUGAUGAAAUGUACACCACACUAUGUCCGAUGUAUUAAGCCGAAUGAGACGAAGAAACCCGGCGACUGGGAUGACCAGAGAGUUCGUCACCAAGUUGAAUAUCUCGGUCUUCGUGAAAAUAUUCGGGUACGACGGGCUGGAUUUGCUUAUCGUAGGGCUUUCGAGAAAUUCCUAUGGCGAUAUGCGAUUCUGACCAGUGAAACAUGGCCAACCUAUCGCGGUGAUCCACGCCAGGGUUGCCAGAUCAUCUGCCGCAGUGUGAGCAUGGAUCCCGAUCAAUAUCAAAUGGGAACGAGCAAAAUAUUCAUCAAAAACCCAGAAUCGCUGUUCUUACUGGAAGAGGUUCGUGAAAAGAAAUACGACGGUUUUGCCAGAAAGAUUCAGAAAGCAUGGCGGCAGUUCAACGCCAGAAAACACCAUACGAAACAAAAGGAACAAGCAUCUGAUCUUCUAUUUGGCAAGAAAGAACGGCGACGUUAUUCACUGAAUCGAAACUUUGUCGGCGAUUACAUUGGCCUGGAACAUCACCCCGUCCUCCAGAGUCUUGUUGGCAAACGGGAACGAGUGGAUUUCGCCAAUACUGUGAUCAAGUAUGACCGGCGAUUCAAGACCUCAAAGCUGGAUAUGCUUCUCACCGCAAAACAUCUUACAUUGAUUGGACGAGAAAAAUCGAAGAAUAAAGCCGACAAGGGUCGCUUGAUCGAAGUGGUCAAACGGCAGAUCGAUCUGGCACACAUCGCAUCGAUAGGCCUAUCCCCAUAUCAGGACGAUUUUGUCAUCAUCAAUGUUCGUGAUAACUACACCUCAUUGAUAGAGACCCCAUUCAAGACGGAAUUUAUCACUUCGUUAAGCAAACACUUCAGAGAACGAACCCGUGGAGGUAUUCUUCAGCUCGAAUUUGCUACUAGUCAUACGAUCACUUUGAAAAAGACCCGAUUCGGUGGCGGCACCCGGACCGUACAGUUCCAUUUGUCUGGUGGUAGUGCACAAUGUGAACUGAAACCCGAGGGUAAAACAUUGCACGUAACCAUUGGGAAGGGAUUACCCAAUACCACACGUCCAUCCAUGACAAGACCGAGCACCGGUUACCAGCGACGAGUUGAUCGUCUACGGACAUCGACCCGGAAAACGAAUCGAGCAGCUCCGCCAACUCAUGCUGUUCAACAAAUGAAUCUUUCUCAUGGGAUGACCAAUGAGGUGGGAUUCACUUAUGAGUCUGACGAUAUACAAAUAUGUAACAAAAUCGAUGUUAUAUAA